CGUUACACCUUGCGAUCAUAAUUCCUCAGCAUAACUCGCCGAAGAAAAUGCUAUUUUCACCUCUGAAGACCCGAAAAAGGCGCAGGAGGGCCCAUUCUUUUCAAUGAUACUACAUGGCUAAUCCCAACACAAUCCCUGCUGAUCUACAGUGACAUUCCCCUACAGAUUUCCAUGACUUGAACCCAGCAGAUUGGGACGGUAUUCAUUCUAUCGACUCAGGAGACAAGCUCAUGUCGUCCAUCAAGCAUCUCAACCGUCGCGAUGCGUCUCAUCAAUGUCCGGACUAUGCAACUGGAAGAAUUCCACAGCGGCCAGGCACCAAAGUAUGCGAUUUUGUCGCAUCGCUGGGAAAGUGAGGAAGUCUCUUUUCAGGACAUGACUAAUCCUCAGAUAUUUGGCAAGAGAGGAUAUGGAAAGAUUCAAUCAGCUGCGUGGCUGGCAAAGAACAAAGGUCUCUCAUAUCUUUGGGUCGACACCUGUUGCAUCGAUAAAAAUUCUUCAUCCGAACUAACUGAAGCCAUCAAUUCUAUGUAUCGGUGGUACAAGGAGGCCCAGAUUUGCUUUGCUUUCCUUACGGAUGUCGAAAUCCACAAACAAGAAAUCUCAACCAGCAUAUGGUUCACAAGAGGCUGGACUCUGCAAGAGCUGAUAGCCCCGAGAAAUGUCGCAUUCCACGAUAAAAACUGGGUCUUUCUGGGUACGAAGGAGCAAUUGUCGACCUAUCUUGCACAGGCGACGGGCAUUGCAUUGGAUGUCCUCGUUGGCAAGAGUAGUCCUUCAAGCUGUUCUGUGGCACAACGCAUGUCCUGGGCUGCGAAGCGGGGAACAGAACGCAUCGAAGACCGGGCCUACAGUUUGCUGGGUAUAUUCGACGUUAGCAUGCCCAUGCUCUACGGCGAAGGCGAACGGUCCUUUACCCGAUUACAGGAAGAGAUCAUCAAGCAUUCGGACGACCAUUCGAUAUUCGCCUGGGAUCGAGGUCACAAGGGGUUUUUUGGAGGCUAUAGCGGACUCUUAGCGACGUCUCCUUCGCAGUUCGUCAUGUGUCAGAACGUCGUACGAUCGUCGAGGGAGCUUGUCAGUACCGGCGGAUUUUCGAUCACGAACGUCGGUCUUUCCAUCCAAUUACUGACUGUGCCAUGGGGCAUGGAGACCUAUCUUUCAAUCCUGAACUGCAAUAUCAAAGACCAUCACCACGAAAGGUUGGGGAUAUUUCUUGAACGACUCUAUUCUUCUCAUCACGAGCAACAGUUUGCUCGCGUGCAGUAUGCUGGAGCCACAGUACAGCCAGUAGUACUCGAGCAGGUCAUGAAAGACAGCCAACGUCGAAUUCGACACGUACAUGUGCGACAAAUAGUCAUUGAUCCGCCCUUACGGCGGUGGCACGGAUUUCGUCUGCACGAGCUUAGACUACCCGAUUACAGUCACCAUGAGCUCGCGCAGGCCGAGUUCCGCUUUAGAUCUUCCUUGCGGCACAAACUUCGUUACGAACCCGAAGAAAUGCAGUACGCGCAAGCAUACCUUCCCAAUGGCCUCCAGGGCCUACCUCCCCGACCUGUCUUCUUUCCUAUGCCCAGCGGUCGAGGCACGGCUGUGAUAAUCUACCUCGAGCCGUCCAAGAAGGACAAGCACGGCGACAGGGUGUGCUGGAUGAAGUUCGGCUUCGACGAGGACUUUUGUCCGAUGUGCAUCAUGGGCCGCCGUCGGUCCCUAUGGGGUGGCAACAGCGCACACCUGGCCGUCACCCCGGAGUCAUUCGACGAAGCAGAACAUACGCCGGGCGAACACGCCCUCUUAUUCAGAAACGACUGGAUCAUCAAGAAUGCAGGGGACGUCCACAUCAAGGACAUGGCCGCGCUGUGGCAGACUCGCGAUUUUGUCAUCCUGCGUGGACACAGAGACCGAGGCCUGGACGUCAAGAUUCCUUUUCUCAGGAUGCACGUCUCGGUUCGACUGGAGCCUGUCCCCGAGGGCUAUGCGCCGUACAAAAAGCCCGAGUCCCUCUUGCCGGGAAUGCAAGUCUGGACGAUCAAUGUCAAUUCGUGGCAGGACAUGUCGGGCAAUGGAAGAAUGAAGACGGCAAUGGGUGCUGGAGAGUUGCUUGUCAGGUCUCUGGACGAUAUAUUUGGGUAGUGUUCCCAGUUCACGCAUUGCUGACGAGCAGGUCUAGAUUUAUGUGAGACGAAUUUCCUCUGUAUGUCUGCUACACCUAGGUAGGAUUUGAUUAACCAUAAGAACGGACGCAUGGCCCUUGGAGAGAGUUCCAUAAUAUUGAUCAUGGGACUGAAUGAUGAAUAUCAAUGACCUCGGGAUGCCUUGUUACUGAUCAAAGAAGCCCUACGACACGCAACUAGUGUUCGUCUUGGGGUUCCUUGUCGUCCUGCUCGAGUACUACAACGCCAACGUGCGCGCGACUGCCUCCUUUUCGCGUUCAAAAAAGUCUUCGACGGAGCCCAACUCGAUGCCGUAGCUUCUGACCAUUUCCAGAUCUGCCAAGUACGGAGAGUCAUUCAGGAACAGCUGCGACGCGACGAUGACGUUGGUGGCCUUGACCGCUUCGGCGUCCUCUCUGGGCAUGUAGCUCACGCUGACGGUCUUUUUGUGGCCGACCGCACGGGUCAGGGCGUCGGCGACGUCGGAGAUGGUCAUGUUCGCGCUGGCCAGGGGGAUGGUCUUGUUGGCGAACAUCCUCUCAAACUCGUCCGGGUCCGCGUAGAUGCUGUGGGCGGCGAAGCGGCCAACGUCGGCCGGGUCGAGGUGGCUCAUGCGCAGCGUGGGCGAGAAGGCCACGUGCAUGUUGGGCUGUUCGGCCGUGAGCGUCGGGUACAUCAUCUGGCUCAUGGGCUGGAUGUAGUUGGUCAGGAACGUCGAGGGUUCGAGGAUGGUGUACGUGUACCCUUCCGGGACUUUGGGGCCGGGAGGCGGGUUGCGGACGUUGUCCGCGAUGGUGCUUUUGUUCUUGAAAUACGCCGCGAAAAAGGGUAUGGACUCGAGAAUGGGCAGGUCCUUGCGUGCGUCGAGGCCGUGGACCGAGGCCAGGACGACGUGCUUGAUGCCCGCGGCCCUGCUGGCGGAGAGGAUGUUGAGGCCGUGACGACCUUCGCCCGCGAGGUCGGUGAAGACGGGACUCGGGUUGACGAAGACGGUCGUGCAGCCCGCCGCCGCACGCGAGAUGGAUUCGACGUCCUCGAAGUUGCCCUCGAACAGCUCGAUCUUGGAAGGGUCCAGGGCUUGGAGAGACUGCGACGUAGAGGAACUCGAGUCUCGAACCAACGCGUGGAUGGCCAGGGAGGUUUCCGGAUGAGCUGGUGCAAGUUUGAGAAGUUCCCGAAUCAAGGAACCGCCUUGAAUCCCGUUGGCUCCGGUGACCAGCACGGUGAUGGAUGGAGGCGACAUUGUGAUUUGUUCUCUUCGUUUUUUCUCUAUGGGAACCAAAAUGUUUGACCCAGCUUUAGACCUCGUACUAGUAAUGAAAGAGGACCAAGCUCAAUGUUGAAGUUGAUUGUUGAGAAUGUCAAAUGUCGUAGUAAGAUUCAGGCCGCCGUGGUAUAUCA